GAUGAUGACAGUGAUGAUGACUCUCUUGGAUUAAAAACAAUGCUCUUGCUGUUUAUCGAGGAAGGUAAUGCAGAGAUGUUGUAACGUGGGUGACCCCACACAAACAUAAAGCUAAGCUGAGAAAACUAACUGGUUUAUGUGAUGAUGAUGACAUCGAAAUGGCAACAGCAAGAGUAAUUAAAGCAAGAAAGCCGAAACCAAACUAUUUCGUAGCCAUUCGUGUCUCAGACCUUUGCAUACACUCUCGUGUACAAACUGUUCAGGAUACAGUUGUUUCUCAUGACAAAAGACUAGAGCCUGCUCUUGUUCCCUUGGAGACUUUGCACUUAACACUCUUAGUUAUACAUUUGGAGAAUGAGGAGCAAAUUGAAAAGGCAAAAAAAAUCUUGCAGCAAUGUAGAACUGAGAUUCUGAAACACGUUUUGCCAAGUGGUGCAUUUACACUUAAAUUUAAAGGCCUUGAUUACUUCACUGAUGGAUGGCAGCCUCAAGCGGUUCUUUUUGUGAAACCUGUCGGGAAAGAAGGAAUUAAGAUACUGAAUGAUGUGGCUGAUGUUGUAAGGGAUACUUUUACAAGGCAGGGUAUCCCUUCAACAGAUACCAGAGAGUUCCACCCUCAUGUAACAGUCAUAAAUUUGAACAAAGCUCCAAAUUUGAAAAAUGAAGGAAUCAGAAAAAUUCCAGAGGAAAGUUUUGCAACCUGUAGAGACUUGGAUUUUGGAGAAGAGCAGGUGAGUAGCUUGCACCUUUGUUCAAUGGGCCCGGAGAUGGCUCAAGAUGGCUUUUACAAUUGUGUGGCCAAGAUUGACUUUGAGGCAGAUGAUGAAAUUAAUAAUUAA